AACAUCCAAAAGAUUGGUCCAACAAGCUAAUUUAAAGAAGGCCGACUCAACAGUAGGUCUACUCUACCACAAGAUCAUUGUCGUGUAUAUAUCUAUCUAUCUGUCUAAUGUGGUCUGUCUCUCUGUUGGCAACGUUGUAUCCACUGUAUCGCCCCUUCCGUGAUGUCAAUAGAAGCACAUGGUCCGGGUUUGUUGCAGGAAGUGAAGAUGGCGGACCAGUCGUUGCUAUCUGAGUCUGCUCUCGGGUGGUGUAUUUUCGCCAUUGUAUUUUUGGUGAUCCUUUCCUUCUGUUGGGUCUACAUCAGGAAGUACCAGAGCCGCCAAGAGAGUGAGGUCAUCUCAACCAUCACUGCAAUAUGCGCAUUGGCCAUUGCACUGAUAACCUCUGCACUUCUUCCAGUGGAUAUAUUCCUAGUGUCUUACAUGAAGCACCCUAACGGUACUUACAAGGAGUGGGCAGAAAACAAUGAGACACGAGGCCAAAUCGAAGACACUGUGCUGUAUGCUUAUUACUCACUGUACUCUAUCCUCCUGUUCUGUGUCUUCCUGUGGAUCCCCUUUGUCUAUUUCUAUUAUGAGGAGAAAGAUGAUGACAACAUCAACAAAUGUUCACAAGUGAAAAAUGCUCUGAAAUACACAACUGGAUUCAUCAUCGUCUGUGCAGCACUGCUAUUAAUUGGGGCCUUUGUUCCUCUUGAAGCCCCACCUAAUCAGAAUGGUACCCAGUGGGAGAAGAUGCAGUAUCUGUUUGAGGAGCUGGGGAACAACCAUGGUGUACCAGCCCUGUCUUUCUCCAUCAGCUCCUUGACCUUGAUUGGCAUGCUGGCAGUGAUCACUUACACGGCGUAUGGUAUGUCAGUGCUGCCGUUGAACCUGAUUAAAGGAACACGCAGUGUGGUGUACGAGCGUCUGGAGAACACUGAAGAUAUUGAAGAGGUUGAAAACCAGAUGGAAAAGAUCAAAGCCAAGUGUGAGGACGGGCGUCCUCUGUCGUCGCGGGACCGUCGUAACCUCCAGGAGUUUGAGGACAAGCUACAGGUGCUCCAGAGGAGAGGCAGGCACCUGGAGAUAGCAGAGAGUCACUGCUGCACCAAGGUUGGAUCUGCUCUCAGACCACUCAAGAUUCUGCUGGGAAUUUUCUUCAUCCUGUUUGCUCUGCUGUUUGUUGUUGCUCUGUUCAUUUCAAAUUUGGACAAAGCUCUUCACUCUGCUGGCAUCACUUCUGGCUUCAUGGUGUUUGGCACCAACCUGACCAACCCUCUGAAUGAACUCCUGCUGACUCUACAGCCUGUGUUCCCGUUGGAUUAUGUCCUGAUCACGGUCAUCACCAUGUACUUUGUGUUCACCUCCAUGGCCGGCAUCAGGAACAUGGGCAUCUGGUUCUUCUGGAUACGGCUGUACAAGAUCAGACCCAAGAGAACCCGUCCCCAGGCCCUCCUCUUCCUCUGCAUGAUUCUACUGCUGAUUGUCCUUCACACCAGCUUCAUGAUCUACAGCCUGGCCCCGCAGUACGUCAUGUACGGGAGCCAGAACUACCUGCUGCAGAGCCCGAUGCCACCAGGGAAUAAUACCACUUGGACUACCAAGACCUGCGAUGCCGACGCACCUCAAGACGAAUGCACUGUGACGAGAUCGUACCUUUUCCUCCACAAGUUCUGGUUCUUCAGUACCAUCUACUACUUUGGUAACUGGGUGUUUAUCGGGGUUUUCCUCAUCGGCCUGUUGGUGUCAUGUUGUAAGGGGAAGAAAUCAGUGAUCGAAGGAGAGGUGGAGGCAGACGACUCUGACAUGAGUGAAGACGAAUAUGUCCACUGACAAGACCACAGCCUGCCAGACCUGGGUUCAAAUACUAUUUGAAAUCUUUUAAAUACUUUUGAGCAUUUGCUUUAGCCUGUCUGGGAGUGCCAGGUGGGCGGGGUUUGCAUGUUCUGGACUUUUCUAUGGGUUCACCUGCAAAAGGCAAGCUUAAUCAAAUACAUUUUAAGUAUUUGAAAUUAUUUUAAACAGUGUGCCCUAAUGAAUAUGACCCAGGUCUGCUACCUGCAUGGACCAGGAGACAGUUAAACCGGAUUGGUUUCUGUUACAACUGGUUUGCUAUAACAUAAGAAUUUGACAUUUGGAUUGUUCAUACAAUGCAGUAAAACUUUAAUUUGAACUUUUGUUUUCUGGUUUCUGCCUGAGAUUGGUUAAUAUUACACAACGUUGUGCUGACACUGAUUUAUUAUAACGGGAGAGAGUGAUUGGGAGGUUGCUUUUUUCGUAUUAGGGCAACUUUUUUGUUCUUUGUUCAGUCAGGUGUCUUUGUUCAAAGCAGUAUGUAAACCCUCUUGCAUCCCAAAUGGCACCCUAUUUCAUAUAUAGUGCACUUCUUUUGUCCAAAGCCCUAUUGGACCCUGGUCAAAAGUAGUGCACUAUAUAGGGAAUAGUGUGCCAUUUGAGAUGCACCCCUCUUUGUAUUACUAUGGGUAUGUGCCUGUUGUUUCAAAUGUCAUCUGCACCAAUUCUGUGUUUUUAUGUUUCCAAAAAGAAAGAUUUAGUGUUGCAAAAUUCUGGUAUCUUUCCAAAAUGAGGGGAUUCUGAAUUUCCUGCUUAUUUCCCUCACUAUUCUGGGAAUCUUCAAAUCGGGAAUAAAAAUACAUUUAAAAAAACCAGGUAAUUUGGGGAAAGUUAGCAACAUUUUACAACCCUAAGAAAGAUCCUUGGUUGAUAACCAAACGGUGGGUUAUUAAACAAGCUUUACCCUGUGAUACUGGAUGUUUUGGAUUCUGAAAAGAGAACAUGUUGUUGAGGAAACAUAUUCCAGGCUUACUUUGUUUCUUAUUUUAACUCAGCACAUUUUUGUUGUCAUGUAUAUUUCUGUAAUAUAUGGCUGGAUAAAUGUUUAUUUUAGCCUUUAACAGAUGUAUUAUUUUUAAGAUUACGAACUUAGCACAUUCAGCAUGUUAACUUAAAGCAACAAAUAUGGACAUGUAUUUGAUACCAUAUUGAUAAUGCACAUUGCUGAGUUAAAAUAUAUAUUCUCUUAUCCCUGAUUUUGGUCAUGUUUGGUUGUGCUUAACUUGACUAUCUGUUAUUGCAUUGAUGGAUUGAUUUGCUGUAAAGUUAUCUUAACAUGAACUGAGCAUAAUAUCACUUGACUACUGAUCACGAUGUCAAUUUACUUUAUGAAGUUGGAAUAAAAUAUGAAUUCUGAAUUGA